AUGGAAGAUUUGUCCUUACUGGAUCUUCUGGAGUGUCCCGUGUGCCUGGAAAAGUUGGAUGUCACCGCCAAAGUACUCCCUUGCCAGCACACCUUCUGCAAACCAUGUCUACAGCGGAUUUUCAAGGCCCACAAGGAGCUGAGGUGCCCCGAGUGCCGGACCCUGGUGUUUUGCAGCAUCGAGGCAUUGCCGGCCAAUCUACUGCUCGUGCGUCUCCUGGACGGGGUGCGCACGGGUCAGAGUCUCAGGAGAGGGGGCUCAUUCCGCAGACCCGGGGUGCUGAGCCUGCAGGAUAGCAGGAAGAACAGGACUAACAUGAAGGAGCUGCCAUCCACCCCUUUCCGCCUGGUGCCCAGUAUCAGAAUCCACAUGGACGGGGUGCCACGGGCAAAGGCCUUGUACAGCUACCGAGGGCAGAAUCCGGGGGGCCUGAAAUUUAACAAGGGCGAUGUCAUCCUCCUCCGGAGGCAGCUGGACGAGAACUGGUACCAAGGGGAAAUCAAUGGAGUCAGUGGCAUCUUCCCCGCCAGCUCCGUGGAAGUCAUCAUGCAGCUUCCCCAGCCACCUCCACUCUGCAGGGCCCUCUACAAUUUUGACCUUCGGGACAAGGACAAAAGUGAGAACCAGGACUGCCUGAGCUUUUUCAAGGAUGACAUCAUUACAGUCAUCAGCCGAGUGGACGACAACUGGGCAGAAGGCAAAUUGGGAGAUAAAGUUGGCAUCUUCCCUAUCUUGUUUGUAGAGCCAAACCACACUGCAAGACAUCUCCUAGAAAAGAACAAAGGCCGCCAGUCAUUCAGCACAAAAAGUCUGUCUCUGAUGUCCCCCUCCUCCAGGGGCAAAGAGGCCAGCAUAUCCACUCUUCGAAGAGGCUCUGGGUCCAGGAGGAAGGGGCCUGGACAGUUUUCCAUCACGACUGCCUUGAACACACUCAAUAGGAUGGUCCAUUCUCCCUCGGGGCGCCAUAUGGUUGAGAUUAGCACCCCAGUGCUCAUCAGCUCCAGCAACCCCUCUGUGAUCACCCAGCACAUGGAGAAAGCAGAACUUCCUCUUAGCAAUCUGGGGCAGGUCAGCCCUUACCACCCCACACCUGCCUCCCCAGCACAUUCCACAGCAGCGGCUACCAUCUUCAGUCUGCCCAGCUCACAGCAGCACCUUGCAGCUAACAUGUUUGUGGCCCUGCGCACCUACUCAGCCCGUGGACCUGAGGAGCUUGACCUACAAAAGGGAGAAGGCAUCAGGGUCCUGGGGAAAUACCACGACGGCUGGCUCAGAGGCAUCUCCUUGGUCACAGGGCGAGUGGGCAUCUUCCCCCACAACUAUGUCGUCCCCAUCUUCAGAAAGACAUCUAGUUUUCCAGAUCCCCGGAGCCCUGGUCUCUACGCCACAUGGACAUUAUCCACCUCAUCCGUGUCUUCCCAAGGCAGCUUCUCCGAAGGUGAUCCUAGGCAGGGACGCCCAUUCAAGUCCGUCUUUGUGCCGACAGCCAUAGUCAACCCGGUGCGAAGCACAGCCAGCCCUGGGACGCUGGAAAGAGGCUCUCUCCGGAAAGGCCGGAGCAGCAUGAGAAAAAAUGGAUCCCUACAAAGACCUGUCCAGUCAGGGAUCCCCACCCUGGUGGUUGGUUCCCUCCGGCGAAGUCCUACCAUGGUUGUGCGGCCACAGCAAUUCCAGUUCUACCCGCCGCAGGGGGGUCCCAACUCCCCUUCACCAGUGAUGGCAGAGAUGAGCGCCAAGCCUGCUCCAACUGGGGAGCCAGCCCUUACCUGUGUCAGCAGCAGAGCCAACGACACCAGGAUCCACUCAGCUGCCAGUUCCAUAAUCAUGGAAGGCAAAGAAAUCCCAGUCAAGAGUGAGCCUUUUCCCAAACCACCUGCAUCUGCUCCACCAUCUAUCCUGGUAAAACCAGAAAACUCUAGAAACGGCACUGAAAAGCAAGUCAAAACUGUAAGGUUUCAGAACUACAGCCCUCCUCCUGCCAAGCACUAUCCUUCCCACCCCACCUCCGGGAAGCCUGAACAGCCAGCCAGCCAUAAGGGGUGCACACCUGAAGCAACUCCCUUGGGCUCCGAGAUGAAUGUCUUAUAUGCACACCGUAGUGGCUGCCGUUCAGGACAACAGACAGACCUCCGGAGGAAACCAACUUUUAGCAAGACUCCAAUGUCCACUGCCUCCGCCACACAGACUGUAUUUGCCAGCAAAUGAAGCUACAGGUGGCUUUUUCUGGACCCCCAAAGAGGUGAAUUGCAUUUAAAUACAUUCUGCCUCCCC